AUGACCUCUGCUGACCUUUUGAGAGAUCGCGAAGAGCAAAAAGCAAACCAUUUUCGAGGCAAACCUCUCAAGCAAAAACGCUCUCCAGACAUGACAGAACAGCCGGCAGAGAAGAUCAAGCCGCACUUCUACCGUGUGGAGCUGAAUCGGACGAUAUGGGAGAUCCCAGAGCGCUAUCAGAUGCUCACACCGAUCGGGUCCGGGGCGUACGGCCAGGUUUGUUCUGCGUUUGACCAGCAGUUGGGGCACAAGGUGGCGAUUAAGAAGCUUGCCAGACCGUUCCAGUCAGAAAUCCACGCCAAACGCAGCUACCGAGAACUCAGGCUCCUCAAGCACAUGGAACACGAAAAUGUGAUUGGACUGCUGAAUGUGAUGACCCCUACUCUGACCUUCGAGGAUUUCCAGGACGUGUACCUGGUGACGCCCCUGAUGGGAGCAGACCUGAACAACAUCGUGAAGUGUCAGAAGCUCACAGACGACCAUGUCCAGUUCCUGGUGUACCAGGUGCUCAGGGGACUCAAGUAUAUCCACUCAGCAGGGAUCAUUCACAGAGAUUUGAAGCCCAGUAACAUCGCUGUUAAUGAGGACUGUGAGUUGAAGAUUCUGGACUUCGGUCUGGCCAGGCUUGCGGACGAUGCGAUGACGGGCUACGUGGCCACGAGAUGGUACAGAGCGCCGGAGAUCAUGCUCAACUGGAUGCACUACAAUAAAACAGUUGACAUCUGGUCGGUGGGCUGCAUCAUGGCUGAACUGCUGACUGGGAGAACUCUCUUCCCCGGAAAAGAUCAUAUUGAUCAGUUGAAGAGAAUCAUGGAGCUGGUGGGAACGCCUGACCAAGAAUUCCUGCAAAAAAUCAGCUCCGACUCUGCGCGAAGCUACGUGGAGUCCCUCCCCAAGCAGUUGAAGAAGGACUUCAAGGGGUACUUCUGCGGAGCGAACCCGGACGGUGAGCGCAGAAGGAAUCAUGGCCCCAUACCCGACCUGGCUGUUGACCUGUUGGACAAGAUGCUGAUUCUGGACACAGACAAGCGGCUAACAGCUGAGCAGGCCCUGGAACACCCGUACAUGCGACAGUACCACGACCCCACCGAUGAACCAACAGCCGCACCGUACGACGAUUCGUUCGAGAAGAUGGAACUCAACGUGGCCGAGUGGAGAAAGCUGAUGUAUGAGGAGGUUGAAGGGCCAGGCAGAGCGGCGGGGGGAGAGGGGCUGGGGCCCGAGGCCAUGGAGCAGUGACUCACAACAAACAAACAAACAUCUCAACUCAAGAAAUAUCAUCUCUUAACAGACUUCUAAAGUUUCUCUACCAAAGCCCAGGUCACAUAGCCUGGUUACCAAGCCUAUUUUAGCUGCCAAAAAUCUACCAAACCUAUAGUAAGUCUUUUGCCUGCAACGCAGAUAGCGGAGAGGACAAAAGAGACUUGGAAGCUAAAAGAAGUUUGGUAACCAGGUAACAUCGAGAAGCUUAGAAAUCAAGAUUUUUAAGCUCAUUGGACACAUACACUGUAUAAUGCAUGUACAGUGAUUUUUUUUCUGCAACAAAAUCACCGUAUGUCAUAGGUUUGAGAAGAAACAGGUACAUGAGUUUCAUUUUUAAAGGACUCCACCCUUUUCUUCUCAAAAUCUAUGACAUAUGAUAUAAUUGUAGAAAAACCGCCAUGGUAGGUGCAAUUUACAAUGUAGGUGCCUGGGGUUAAGUCUGUAUUAUCCAGCUUUUUUGUCUAAAUCAAUCGGAUGUGUCUUAAUGAUAUUGGUUCAGAUUUGUGUUACUCUAAGGAUUAUGAUUUCAUCAUUUAUUACUGGACCAGGUUUGGUCUUCUUCAUUUUGCAUAUCCUGAGAUGGUUGUCCCAAUUUACGCAAGGGAAAAACCCUGAGAUAUGAAAACUGUGUAAGGCCACACUGACUUAGUUUUAUGGAUGACAUCCUCUGAAGACCCCCAAACUAGUGCGCGUGGGCAAAUAAAAAAAAAUCCGGCCAAAAAUAAAACUGCCACUAAACCACAGGAAUGCAAAGCUGGUAUUGGGAAUUAGCGGCAGUACCCGGCUCUGCAUUGUCACUAACUACCAUGGAGUACCCAGGCCAGAGCCUCGGUGGACGUGAUCUUUUUUUUUUUUUUUGAGAACAGGCGAAAAUCAAUGCGUGCACGGAUGUCAUCCAUAAAAUUAAGGCGGUGUGGCCUAAGUUAAUUUUUUUUUCUGCAUGUAAUAGAUCCCUCAUAAUGUCAACUACUAUAUUAUACACUGUUAGUUGGAGACAGAUUUGAUGAGUUGAUUAUUACUUUUUAAACCAUACCCAAAUAACCC